AUGUCGACGGCCGUGGAAGCCGUGGGGUUCCUCAUGUCCCUCGUGGGCUUCAUCCUCACCGGAGCGUCGCUGAUCAACGACUACUGGAAGAUCUCCAGCGUGGCCGGCAGCGUCAUCAUCUCCCAGCACCAGUUUGAGAACCUGUGGCACUCCUGCGCCGAGAACAGCGGCGGCAUCGCCGAGUGCCGGGACUUCGAGUCGCUGCUCGCUCUGCCAGCUCAUGUGCAGGCGUGUCGCGCUCUGAUGAUCGUCGCUCUGCUGCUCGGAAUCGGCUGCAUGAUCAUCUCGCUGCUCGGACUCAAGUGCAUCAAGAUCGGCUCCAGCAGCGAUCAGGCCAAGGCCAAGCUGGCCGCCGCCGGGGGAAUGAUGGCCGUCCUGGGCGGUCUGUGCUGCAUGGUGGCCUGCUCCUGGUACGCAUACAGAGUGGUGGAGGACUUCAACAACCCGUUCACUGGCGGAGUGAAGUUCGAGCUGGGCGCCGGACUCUUCAUCGGCUGGGCCGGAGCCUCUCUGAGCAUCAUCGGAGGGAUUUUACUCUGCACCUCAAUGAAGAGCGCCUCCUCUGGACAGAAAAGAGGUUACUAUGGAGAACCUCCAAGUAAAGUCUACACACCUGCACCCAAAUCGGUCGACAGCUCCAGAGCCUACGUCUAA